UUCACCACUUAAGCCUGUCACUCGGCUUCGCCGCGGCUUCAGUGUUCGAGCUGAACUCGUGCGUUCCGCGGCAGUGAUCGCGGCACCAUUUGGAGGCCUGGUCAGCCAGCGAUUACAGACUCACGGAUCAGUUGCGCUGAUAUACCCGGCGCGGCAGCGAAACGCUCUGUCACCAUGGUGGAAUUGUUAGACGCUAUGCUAGACGUGCCAAAAAUUUACUACGGAGCUCUGCUUGGGAUAGGAUUCUGCACUUACUAUCUGUGCGAAGUAGUCAAAAAACCGCUACUUGUCUGCGCACCAGGACCGUUCCGGGACUUUCUGGAGAAAAACAUUCCCAUAGUUACGAACAAGUUUUGGCCGACAUUAUGGUGCUUCGAGUCUCGGGCUCAGACAGUGAUGGCAAGCGUUCUACGCUCAAGAUAUCUCCCGAAGGUGAUGUAUCGUCGAGAGAUUCUGGUGCUCCAAGAUGGAGGUGAAGUUGCUUUGGAUUGGGCGGAAGCGAACUGCUCGCCGCAUUCUCCGAUCGUCAUCAUUUUGCCCGGCCUAACAGGCGCCAGUCAGGCCGAAUACAUAAAAUGCCUGGUUAGUGCUGCGAAAAAAGUUGGUAUCCGGUGCGUUAUAUUCAAUAACCGUGGUCUCGGAGGAGUUCAGUUAAAGACGCCACGGUUGUACAGCGCGGCUCACUGCGAUGACUUGUCUGAGGUUGUUGAUCACGUGAUGAAAUUGCACCCCAACGUACCUUUGGGGGCGACAGGAAUCUCCAUGGGAGGGCUUAUCCUGGGAAAUUAUCUCGCUCGUGAAGGAGCUGCCGCAGCCUCGAAGCUGAAAGCAGCCAUGUGCAUUUCCGUGCCAUGGAACGUAUUCGAGAGCACGAAAAGCAUCGAAAAGCCGUUCCUCAAUUUAAUGCUGAACAAACACCUCGCCGAAAAUCUUUGCCGUAACUUGAAGAAGGCGGAACUCCAGUCUAACGCAACCGAAAAACCGUUCAACUGGGGCGCUGAUAACAUGCUCAAAAGCUGCAAGACCGUCAGGGAUUUCGACCAGAACUUCACGAUUAAACAUUUCGGUUACAAGAAUGUCGAGGAGUAUUACGCGAACGCAACGCUUCACGACAAACUACAUUGCAUAGAGAUUCCUAUACUCUGUCUCAGUGCGGCCGAUGAUCCAUUCCAGCCUCUUGAAGCCAUUCCCAUCGCCGAGGCGAACAAAUCGAAGAACGUUGCUAUCGUCGUGACGUCACGAGGCGGACAUAUAGCAUUCCUUGAAGGGGUUUGGCCCGUGAAACAGGAACAAUACAUAGGAAAACUAUUCUCGCAAUACUUUGCGGCCAUAUUUAAAACGGACCUGAACUGUCGCCCAAUUUAACAGAUUCCACUACUCACGGAAUCCAAUUCCAGCGGAAAGAUAAACCAUAAAUAUA